AUGGAGUUUCAGAUCCCAAAAAAUCCAGCCUUGAAGACUAAUCACAAACUUCUACCCGCUAAGCAAACAUGCAUGAAUGGCUGUUGUUUCUUCUGCAUCAUGUCCGAUACAGAUUCUUCUCUCAGAGCAGCUAGAAUGUAUCGCCUCUUCAAGCAAAUGCCUCUUGAAGACGACCAAGAACAUGUCUUGGCUUUAAGUGGGCUUUGGAAAAUCGCCCUGACUCAACCAAAUGACCCAGAAUUUCCUUCCCUCGGCAUCUUUAGAUGCAUGGCCAAACUAAUCGAGAAAGGCAUCAGCGACAAAGAUUGGCUGCUGAGACAUCAGAACGUGUACUUCCCUUAUUAUGCAGCACAUAUCAUUGGUUCCUAUACCAUGAAUAAAGCCAACUUUGCUCAUAAAGCCGUCAAGUCCCACGUUGUCCGGCCAUUGAUGGACCUCCUCGAAGGCAAGAUCAGUUGGGUUGAACAGAGAGUCGCACUUCGAGCACUGGGUCAUUUGGCCAAACAUGAAGCAACCUUUGAAGCCGUUGCUGAACACGAAGGAGAAAUCGUAGAGGCAGCCAUCAAUAUAGCUUCUACGUGUUUGAAAGAGGUGUACGAUAAAUUUCUUAGCUUGAACGAAACACGGAGAUUGAAGUAUCAUAGGAAUUUGCUAACAAGGGGGCAUGGACACCUGGAAUUAGAGAACCGAAAAGCAGAGGAUUGGGCAAGACAGCUUCAGUGCUGGUCUCUGUGUCUCUUAGAUUGCUUUGCAAGCAAAGAAAGAUCUCUCAGAUUAAUCUGCAAGAAGCAAUUCUUGGAUGGUUUAUGUGGAAUGUGGGGUGGAAUGGGAAACCCGGGAUCACCUGCUGGAAUAGGACUUGUGCGAACACUGUGUCACACUAAAGUAGGAAGAGAAAGCAUAGCGGAGUCUCAAGAAGUAGUAGACAGCCUUUGCAAGGUCUCGAGAUCCUCAGAUGAUCGGCAAUACUCGGCUAUUGAAAGUCUUCUGCAGCUGCUUAAAGACCCUCUUACGAGAUACAAAGUAAUAGACACCGCAGCUCCAGUCCUUGUUGAUUUAUCUGAACUCAGGAGCAUUGACGGAAAGAUAAAAGGAGGACAAGCAAUCACGCAGACUCUCUUACAAGAUUACCACAAAAUCAAGUAUUGUAAAAUGAGUUUGAAGAGCGAAAUCGCUGAGAGAGCGUUAAAAGAAUUAUGGGAUCUAAAGGUAGAGAGAGUGAAGAGAGAAAGUAUGAUGAUGAGCGAGGAAGAAAUCAGAGAAAAAGAGGUAUUAGUGGGAGCGUUGAAGAAAGAAGGAAACAGUGUAUUUUGGUCGGGGGACAUAAAAGGAGCUAUGAUGAAAUACUCUGAAGCUUUGGAUUUGUGCCCACUGAAAAUGUGGAGAAAGAGAAUCGUGCUUCAUAGCAAUAGAGCUCAGUGUCAUUUGUUGUUAAGAGAUGCGGAUGCCGCCAUAAGCGAUACAACUCGAGCUCUGUGCUUAUCAAGUGAAGCGUUUCCUCACAGUAAGAGUUUGUGGAGAAGAUCACAAGCUUAUGACAUGAAAGGGAUUACUAAGGAGAGCUUGAUGGAUUGCUUAAUGUUCAUCAACAGCCGCUUCGAGUCACGACACAAACAGGGAUUAAGAAUUCCGUGCUAUGCGGCACGUAUGGUGAACAAGCACAUGAAUGCCUUGGGGCUCUGUGAAUCGGCCAAGUCAGAGAUGUAUGUCGAGUGCGAAGGGCGGAAAGAACACGAAGGCCAAAAUCAAAUUGACAUCGGGGAACAGAGCGAGGGAAAAAAUGAUGGAAGGUGA